AUGUGGCAUCCUAAAAAAUAUAUUUGGAUACAUGCCAACUGUCAGGCAGGCGUCAACCAGCUGGGGGGCGUGUUUGUGAAUGGUCGGCCCCUGCCCGACGUGGUUCGCAAAAGGAUCGUGGAGUUAGCCAUCUUGGGGGUGCGGCCGUGUGACAUAAGCAGACAGCUGCUCGUCUCCCACGGCUGCGUGUCGAAGAUACUGACGAGGUUCUAUGAGACCGGGUCCAUUAGGCCUGGAUCUAUUGGCGGCAGUAAGACUAAGCAAGUAGCAACACCAACAGUUGUAAAGAAGAUACUCCGUCUGAAACAAGAAAAUCCCGGCAUGUUCGCGUGGGAGAUUCGCGAGAGGCUGCUCAGUGCGAGAGUGUGCGAACCUCACUCCAUCCCUUCUGUGUCAUCUGUGAACAGGAUCCUAAGAAACAGUGGACUCGCCUGGAACGAAGAUGAACUACGGAGUGGACACGACCCAUUCUCAACGCCCGAGAUGCCGGUGCCGAACAUGGCAGACUACAUGGCAAUGAAAACAUCGCUACCAACGCCAAUACAGCAGCAGACCCCGUACUUCGCCCACACAGCUGUCAGAGUUCCCCAGCCAGAACCACAUGCUUACGACCGCAGACUUGCCACAUCCUGGCUCUUGGCAAACCAAGUACAAGCCCAAGGCCUCCUCAAACCCUACCCGAUAUCCCCAUGGCAAAGAGUUAUGAUGCCAUAUCCAGAUUCAAAGAACUUCUCUCCUUACGCUCUGAGUCUACACAGCGACCUUCUAAACAGAAUUAACCCUGAGGAAGUAAAAUCUGAAACCUCUGAACACAUAUCAGUUGAAGCAAGCGACGAUAGCACCGACAGACCUGAUACAGACGAACCUAAAAGAUCAAAUGAAAAAGAGAAGAAGAAAAACCCUUAUUCAAUAGAAGAACUACUAAAAAAGCCGGAUAAAAUAGUGAAUUCCAAUCCGGUCGGGUUCCAGAACUUUCUACGUCAACCCAGUGGAAGCAUGAUUGAAUUCAGCCACGAAAAAACUUCGAGUGAACGAAGUUCCCCGGCGAGCUACUGUUCAGUGCAAAGUGCCAUCUCUAAUGAUUCAGUCAGUUCAGAAAUUAAGGCGGGAAAUUAAAAAUAUUAUACUCAGUCCAGUUUUGUAGUUUUCAAACUUAUGCUACACAACCUGGCUGUGUUCUAGUCAAAAUUCUUCACGAAAAAAAUACAGCCGAUUCGGAAAUUUAGCUUUUCAAUGUAAAAUUGAUAGUCAAUAUACGAGUCACAAAGCCAAUGUGACAAUGGGCGGAACAUGGCUUUUGGAUCUCUCUAAAAAAGACUUACCCAGCAGUGCACGUCAA